GGUUAUGAAUACCGCCCAUAGCCUGUAUGCCUAUACAACAUACGCCUGCGUCGUAGCGUCAAAUAACAUUGCACACACACUUUCGAUGAUCAGUUUCAUCGGAAGCGCCGCGUGUCUCGUUACAGUCGCAGAAAUCUCGGAGCUAGAUCGCGAGGUCGAUCAAGUGGACGAUAGUAGUGUUCGGGGGUCCAGUGAGAAAUGGCUGCCGUUUUGAGGAGAAAAUUUCGAGUUGCGUUGAACGCGCUCGCCGGCUACGGGAAUCCAUCAUUGCUCGUCGGUGUACGGUCUCUCGGUGGGUCAUCCGUCCGAAAUGACAUCAGCGAAGGAUGGUUGAGCAAGCUCCUAGUGAGGAAGAUCGAGCCCACGAAGGAGUCGCACUCGCGGAUGCUCUCUGACAAGGAGGUUAUUUAUGCGCUGCACACCCACAACAUUCGACCAGACUCCAUCGACAAAUAUCUGGCCAAUUAUGAGGAAAACGUCAAUCUCAUUCAUUCGAAAAAAUCUGAAUUGAAUUGCGAAUUGGUCGGUUCAUGGACGGUGGAGGUAGGAGAUUUGGAUCAGGCCUUGCAUUUGUGGCAGUACACUGGUGGAUACGAACGUGUGGAUCAUGCACAAGCUGUACUCUCCAAAGACGAGGCUUAUCAACGAUUGCUUAAAGAACGCGGGAAUUACCUGAGAUCACGUCACUUGCAAUAUUUGUUGGCAUUCAGUUAUUGGCCACCUGUGCAAAACCGAAAAGGCUCAAAUAAAUACGAAAUACGUAGCUAUAGCUUAAAACCAGGUACAAUGAUAGAGUGGGGAAAUAAUUGGGCCAAGGCUAUCAACUAUAGACGUAACAAUGAUGAACCAUUCGCCGGUUAUUUUUCACAAAUUGGUAGGCUGUAUAAUGUUCAUCAUAUUUGGUGUUACAAAAAUCUUCAAUCGCGUAAGGAGACGCGUGAAAGCGCUUGGAGGUCACCCGGCUGGGAUGAAUGUGUUGCUUAUACUGUACCUUUAAUAAGAGAAAUGCAUUCGCGCAUAUUAAAUCCGACUUCGUUUUCGCCCACGAAAUAAGGUUUUGCGGAACAAACGCAAAUGCAUUUGUAUAUUACUGAUUAUUCUGUUCACACACAUAUGUAUAUAUAUAUAUAUAUAUAUAUAUAUAUGUGCAUAUACGUACAAUUGUAAAAAAUUUGUUAUGUGUAUACAUUGUAGAUUUAACUAUAAUAUAUGUAUAAACUAUAUGCGCGCAUAUGUAAAAACUAGACAUUUUUCUCGUAUUCCAACUGACAGGAUACAGUUUGUUACUCAUUGAAUUUAUAUAGUGCAAGCAAGAGAGUGUCACAUUUUUGUUAAUGUCAGUUGAAGCACAAAAUAUAUGUAUAUACAUAUGUAUAGAAUAUAAAGGAAAAAUCUUUAUACAU